AUGAGCGCGCCCUCCGGAGGAGCCGACGGGCUCGCCUCCGCGGGCGCCCCUGCCGCAGCCGCUGCAGGCGCCGCCGCCCUCACGGCAGCCGAUCUGCAGGCUGCAUACACGCUUGGCCAGCAGCACGAGAGCGAACUCACUCAAGAGCUUCUCUUGAAGCAGGGCUGGCCUAAAGAGAAGAUUGUCGCGGCUUUCAAUCGCUUGACCGAGGCGCGUGCAGCAGUCAUUCGCAGGAAAGGCGCCGGGUUGUGUUGUCUUCUGCGCCCGUCCAACGUGAUCGGAAAGCUGAAGACGCUGGACGCGUUCGACUACAAGGUUUACUGCGCCAUUGAGCAAGCAGGAACCACGGGUGUGUGGACAGCAGACUUGCGGAAGAGCACCGGGUUGCAGACUCACAUUAUCCAGCGCAGCGUCAAGCAGCUCUGCGACUUUCUCAAGCUCAUCAAGCCAGUCAAAAGCAUCCACGUUAAAAACAGAAAAAUGUAUAUUCUCGCCCAUCUGGAGCCCGCGAAAGAGAUUGCCGGAGGGUCGUUCUACAGCAAUGGCGAGUUCAACGAGCAUCUUGUUGAGCAUCUUCGAGCGCAAACGCGGACUUUUCUCCAGAAUGCGGGAACCGCUUCAUUUCAGGCGCUGGCGGCGUACACUCGCAGCAGUGGAGAGCUCAGCGGUGCGACAUUCAGCGACGAGGAUUUGGAGAAGGUGUUGAACAGCUUAGAGUUCGAACAGCAGAUCUGUCGCGUCCCAACGUUGGGGCAGCCGACGUUCGUGUGGAGCAAGUUCCCCGCCCUCUACGACCCGUCGAGCUUGCCGUGCAGCACGUGCCCUGUGAAAAGCUCGUGCUACAGUCGUGAGGAGAACAAGAUCUCGCCUGCAAAUUGCGAGUACUUGUCGUACUGGUUAGGACUUGAUUUUGAGGUACGUGUUAAAAGGAAGCAAAGGGAUUAG